CUGGAAGAUUUGCAAUGUUUUCUUGAACGCCUAGAUCUUCUCUCAUUGCCAUUCCUGCUCUGGGGAGAAUACCAGCCUGAGGAUCGGACAAAUCAUCAACACAUUAGGGCGUGGCUUGCACAUCAUUUGCUCACCGGCAGAAAUACAACGAUGGAGAAAUCCCUCUUACUUCUUUUUGCUGUUACACUGUUGUCUGUGGGAUGCACAGAUGCAGGAGAAAGCAAAGGAUCCAUACACAAGGAAAAAGAAAGGUCAAAGAGACAAGCUCUAAAGCAUCUGACUGUCACUACUAUCAUGGAGCAGCCUUUCUCAAUGAAGACAGAAUCAGGAAUGGAAGGAUUCUGCAUAGACUUGCUGUCUGAACUUGCUCAAAGCCUUGGCUUUAAUUAUACCAUAAAAGAAGUAAAGGAUGGGCGAUACGGUGCCAAAGACCAAGAUGGGAACUGGAAUGGGAUGGUUGGAGAGGUGUUAAGAAAGGAAGCUGAUUUGGCAGUAGCUCCUUUAACAAUAACUGGCGCCCGGGAAAGAGAACUUGCCUUCACAAAGCCAUUCAUGCAAACUGGUAUCAGUAUACUGCUGAGGAAAGAUGAUGUAUCUGAGAACUCAUAUCUCUUUGGCUUUUUAACUCCUUUCAGUAAGGAAACUUGGAUAGGAAUUCUGGUUGCUUAUGUGGUCACCAGCCUCUGCCUUUUCCUUGUUGGCAGAUUAAGCCCUUGUGAAUGGACUGAACUUUCCACGGAACAGAAUAACUUUAACUUCCUGAAUAGCCUUUGGUUUGGCGUUGGUGCUUUUACGUUACAAGGUGCAGAACCACACCCAAAAUCUGUUUCUGCCAGAAUCAUAGCAGUCAUCUGGUGGAUAUUUUCCAUAGUCCUGGUUGCUGCAUAUAUUGCAAGCUUUGCCGCCUUUCUAAACUCUGACAGUAUGCAAACUACAAACAUUCAGACAUUUGAAGACUUGGUCAAUCAAAGAACUCUUGAGUUUGGAACUAUCAACAGCUCUUCAACAUUCCAAUUCUUUAAGAAUUCCAAGAAUCCAACAUACAGAAUGAUUUAUGAAUAUAUGGACAAAAGAAAAGAUGAGCUUCUUGUGAAAUCAUUUGCUGAGGGAGUCCGGCGGGUUAAAGAGUCAAACUAUGCCUUCCUUGGCGAGUCUGUUAUGCAAGACAUCAUGGUAGCAAAGCACUGUGAUCUUGUCAGGGCCCCUCAGAUCAUCGCAGGCAGAGGAUAUGGCAUUGCUGCUUCAUUAGACUCUCCACUUAUUAAACCACUGAGUGUUGCCAUUUUGGAACAAACAGAGUCGGGUAAUAUAGAAUACCUAAGGAAAAAGUGGUGGGACAACACCUGCAACAUGAAACGCAGUGCUGGAUGGAACCCUGUGCAGCCACAUACCCUGGGGGGAAUAUUCCUCAUUCUUGGUAUUGGCUUGGCAUUGGGUGUUAUAGCAGCUUUGGUUGAGCUUGUGUUAAAAGCCAGGAACAACGCAGAUCAGCAAAAGAAAUCGUGCUGUUCUGCUUUCUCUGAGGAAAUGGGAGAGCGCCUUGGAACAAACAAGGAAAACCAAGGGGCUUCGGACAGUGCAAAAUCAUAAGAUACUGCUGCAGCAAAGAUCAGCACCAUCAUUUUUAUUUUUUAGAUUUGUUCUGCUGGAGUUACUACUUGUACCCAGUCUUGGCUUUUUAUGUGCUUCUCUGUACUAGUGAGCUGUUAAGUAUGCAUGACUGUAUUUUGAAAAAUUUGUUUUAGGAAAAAUAUAUUCCAUAAAUGGAAUUAUUCAGAGACCAUUCUGAUCUGGUCAAUAAGCAUAGUUUAAUUGCUUAUCUUUAAAUUCCCAGGGCAAUAUCAGGAUGCCAAUUAUGAACUAAUUAUACACUGAACAUUGUCCUCCCACACUUGUUUUCUCAGGCCAGCUACCUAUAACCAUAAACUAAUCCUAAUAUUUACAGUACAACUAAAGAGGUGGUAAAUAGACAAGUCUUGCAUCUCCUUCUCUGGCUUAAGUAAUAUUUUUCCAUUGCCAGAAUGCAGGGAACAAAGGCAGGACAGAAGAGGGAGCAAAAGGGAAACCACUGAUGGUGCUGGUCAGGAAUAAUACAUACUGCCCUACCCUAUAUAUUUGACAAGCUAGCUACAGUUUACCAUAAGCAUCCAAUAGCAAAAUCUGCUCUAGUCAGAGCCGUUAAAUAAUCUUUGCAGCAACACAAGAUGAAUUUGAGGCUACUAAAUGAAACUUUGCAGUUACAGGCAUUAGAAAAAAAACACUAUGUUAAUAGAUUGCUUAUUGUUAAGCUGCACCUCUGAUGAUCCCAGUAAAAGUAUUUGCAGUCAAAGUCUCCCCCAAGACAACUUUUCCUACCCCUUGUCUCCUUUAAUUAUGCACAAAGGGAGGAAGGAGAUGGCUGGAAAUACAUUGGGAGAGUACAGACAGGGGCUAUAACACAUUAAAUAUAUCCUCUGCAACAUGAAGCAGUUACAGAAACCCUGGAUAAUGUGAAAUGUCCCCAGGUUGUAAGAUGUUCCAUAUAAUGCGAUUAUUUCAUCAUUUGCAUUCUAGACAUGCCAGUUGUUGCUCUCUGGCAUAUAAAGUUAAGCUUAAGAAACCAAAAUGAUAGAGCUAGGUGUGAGACAAAAGGAAUGUCAGUAUAGAUUAUAUAACAUAACAUGAUAUUAUUAGAAAUGUGAUGUAACCAGAGAUCAGCUUUUAGUUAUUUUGGCAGACUAAAUGCAGAGGCAAGAAACACUUGUGAAGUACAGGAAUAUGGCAACUUUGAUUUGAAAUUGAGGUUACAUAUGGGAUGGAACAAAUGUACUGCAUUGUGGCCCCUAUGCAUUAGAGGGUGUCAAAUAUUUACACAUAGAAAAGCAGAAGAGCUAAUAACAAUAACACAAAUGUUCAUAAUAAGUUAGAGAUUCCUAUUUGCUCUAAAGGACUGACCAGAAUAGAAAUAUUGCUCACAAUGUAAGAAAAAAAAUAACAUCAGUGGUUAAUGAAAAACCAUUUGUUCAUGCUUUAGGACAAAUCUCUUGAGGCAGCUACUACACGUAAAGGAUUUAGCAGAGCUAAGUGUUACCAUAUUGUUCCAGUAAGGUGUACUGUGUUGUGCAGAAUGUGUGUAUUGUCUUUGUGCUGUUUUAUUGAAUUUUAAUGGAUCUAAACCAUAUAGUUACUAUGCAUUAAUGAAUCUACUGUCAACCUUUGUAUAAAAACAAUCCUCUUGAAAAAUGGUAAAAACUAAAUCUAUGGACUAAAUAACUGAUGUGCUUCUAAAAUACUGAUUAAAUGUUUUAUGAUAACCUA